AUGAGCCGUUGCCUAUGGUUGAUUAGCGCUAUUGUCGCUACUGUAUACGCCCACCCACAAGGUUUCAACCAGUGGCUGCCGCCAUUUAACGAAAGUGCCAGAAUCUACGAAUUGUGCACAAACGAAAUGGACGAUGUGAUUCUGCUGAGGCCGGAUCUUCCAAGAAUAAAAUUCUAUAUGGAGAAGUAUGUCCUUUGUUAUCCUGAUUUUGCUAAGUUUGUUCCGAAGAAGGAUCACGGCCUUGUAUGGCUUAUGAGAUCUUUGAGGUUUUGCGAAGUUAAUCAAAUCUUUGCCUAUAGCCGUUAUGCUCACACUUAUCAUCGUGAUUUUCAAACGAUGUUUCUCAAAUAUGCUUAUGCUGUGAUCUGUGACAAGGGACGACUUGUGCCUAAAGAUGAACUUUUCAAUUUAUAUCUGUACUCCUCCUUAUUUCGAGCUUUAUAUGAACGAGAUAAUGCAGAUAGGAUGCUAAUAUGUCAACGAAUUUCUGAUGUAUAUUCGAAUCUGUAUAGUAGAUGUUAUGUUCCACAUGUAGAAAAAAGACAAAAGAAAAUUGAUGAGCGAUGUUCCGGACAAUCAACGCCUCUGCUGAAAUUUCCAUCGCUGUUCCAGCGAUUUUCACGUCAUUGUGAUGAUUUUAGCCAAUUUAUCAAUACUACUCUUGCCGUAUCAAAUAUGGGUCUAGCGUUAGCCGAUGACAUACUCUACAUGAAUUUAUUAAGCGCCAACAUGGUUUCCAACAUUCACUCCGAUUCCGAACUGCCCUCGUUAGUACUGAAGACGCGCCUCCUUCUUCAACACUUCUCAUUGGCAGCAAUCAAAUUAUGGAAACAGAUCGAUAAAGUUCGAAAAUGCAGACAAUACAUAAUCAAAGAAGUAGAGCGAAACGAAACUGCAAACAGCAAUGAGACAGACGAAGCAAGGCAAGAUCCCGACAACUUUGAGAAACUCAGGUCGGAUCGCAUAUCAGCACAAAUCACGCAUUCUUGCUGUCCACAUAGCAACACGCAUAUUUGUGAUCUAAAUAAUGAUCGCAAAUACAGAGCUCUCGCCAACAGAGCAUGGCGUAGUUUCUAUGUGGAGCUUUGCCUGCUAGUGCUGGUAGUCUUCAAUACGGUACUUCUUGCCGUUCUCCUCCUAAAAACAAAAAGAAGUCUUUCAACCGCGACUGUGCUCUUCGUUUUCAAUAUCAUGUUUUCAAAUUUGUUAUUUUUCUCCUCUUUUCUGUUUUUUAUGCGUGAUCUCUUCGACGAUGCACCAUAUGGAAAUGUUAACGAGGAUUAUAUGGAAAAAUCUCCGGAGCUGGUAGUCGCAGAAACUCUUCAGACUCAUCUCUUCGCUUCUGAUGAAUUUCGUUACUACCCUCUUUUAAGGAAGCACCUUAUCCAGGAAACCCUGUACUCGUUAGCGCAAAAUGGCAGUCUUACAGGGCUUAUUCAUCUUCUGGUUCUUGUUUUGGUUGUGAUCAGCCGAUCAAUGGCUGGGAAAUCGAUUCAUCUUUCACGUGUUUCUGUGAUCUCCGUUUUCGCCUGCGUAUGGGCAAUGUUAAUAAUCUCACAUAUAUUAUUUUCUACAGUGCAGAUAAAUGCCAUCCAAUAUCUUGACGAACUUUUUUCCACGCUUUCGAGAGGAAAGACCUAUCUGCAGUGUGAAGUAACUCCGCGAUCGAACUACGAAGAAAUCGCUGGUCAAUGCGAUCGCACGGCCGUGUUCCAUACUUUUGGACCCUAUCUUCUGCGUGGCCACACUCUAUUCACACUACUUUUCCUUGCGGCUUCAAUUCUUAUAUUCACUAUCACAAUCACAUAUCAUUUUCGCAUUCGCAGACAACAUGACUUCAUUCAUAGUGGAUUACGGGAUCAAUCCCCUCAUAGGCGCCGAGAGAAGCUAUUCCAUACGUUGAUUGUUUCAAUAGCCACAUUUUUCGUCUCGGUAUUAGGACAAACAUAUAUAGAGAUUGCUGUAUUCUGGGUCGAUGAUAGAGAAGAAGUAGCCACGCUUACUAAAUGGUAUCAUUUCGCUCGUAUAGCCGCAUUUGUCGAUCCAGUGUUGAAUCCACUGAUAGUCGUGGCUCGUACACCUGCAUUGCGAAGACAGCUCCGCUCCCAGUGGACAACGGUGCGGUCGCGAGCUUCUGAACAACUAACGAAAACCAGACGGACUGGCAGUGAACGUGGAUCGCUGCGACGUACAGGAUCCAUGCAACGACGAUGUCAAGUGGAAGUAAAAUUGUUAAAACCUGAUCGACCGGAAGGACUCCUGAGACGGGCCUCUCGAGCGUGCUCCUUGCGAAAAAGUCAGGAUUCUCAAACUCAUAAUUCCGUUGUUUAGUUAGAUAAAUUAUUCGAUCC